AUGGCGGACCGGCGGCGGCAGCGCGCCUCGCAGGACAGCGAGGACAGCGACGGCUCGGCGGCCUCCGACAGCGCCGCGUCCGCGCCGGGAUCCCCGCGCUCCCCGCGCUCCCGCUCGGCCUCCGGGUCGCGGUCGCGUUCCCGCUCCCGGUCCGGCUCGCCGCGGCCGCCGCACCGCGCCGCGGGGGCCUUGGGAGCCGGGCCGCGGGGUCGCGGGGCCGAGAGCGCCGGUGGGGCCGGGGGGAAGAGCGCGGCCGAGUCGGAGUGUGAAAGCGAGGAUGGCAUCGAAGGAGACGCCGUGCUCUCAGACUAUGAAAGCGCCGAGGACUCGGAGGCGGAGGAGGAGGAUUACAGCGAGGAAGAAAGCUCCAAGGUGGACUUGAAGCAGGACAGCACCGACUCCUGUGAGUCAGCAGCCAGAGCAGAGAAGGGCAGUGAGAAGCUGGAUGCCAAGGGAGCGGUGACGGGCGAGCGGCAGAGCGGGGACGGGCAGGAGAGCACGGAGCCUGUGGAGAAGAAAGUUGGGAAGAAGGUCCCCAAGCACCUGGACGACGAUGAGGAUCGGAAGAACCCCGCGUACAUCCCGCGCAAGGGGCUCUUCUUCGAGCACGACCUGCGAGGGCAGACGCAGGAGGAGGAGGUCAGGCCCAAGGGCCGUCAGCGGAAGCUGUGGAAGGACGAGGGGCGCUGGGAACACGACAAAUUCCGGGAGGACGAGCAGGCCCCCAAGACCAGGCAGGAGCUGAUUGCUCUGUACGGAUACGACAUCCGCUCAGCCCACAACCCUGACGACAUCAAGCCCAGGAGGAUGCGCAAACCACGGUUUGGGAGUCCCCCCCAGCGAGACCCCAACUGGUCCAGCGAGAGGCCCCCGAAGCCCCCGAGGCACCAGGGAGCCAAGAGCCCCUCGGCCCCCCCCCGGCCCUUCACCAGCCGCAGCUCUGCCAGCACUGGCAGGAUGCCCCCCACCAGGAACUACCCCAGGAUGGGGGGCUACAAGGAGACCCGUCCAGGCUACCGGGCUUCAGAAGCGGGUGUCCCGCACAGAAACGGGGAACAAGCCAAGCAGGAGAGCGGCUACCGCGGGAAGCGGGCGGAGCAGAGCCCGCCGAGGGACACGUCCCCCGAGCUGGAGGUGCCACAUAUCCAUGGCAGCCCCGGGAAGGAGGAGGGGGCUCUGGAAAACCAAGCCGUGGCUGCUGAUGCUGCGCAGCCGCCACCAGACAGACCAGUUGAGAAGAAAUCCUAUUCCCGGGCCAGAAGGACCAGAGUGAAGGCUGGGGACGCGGGGAAGCUGUCGGAGGAAGCGCCCGCUUCCGAGGGGCUGGCUCCUGUCAUUCCAAAACCCACACCUGCAGAGACCUCCCCCCCACCAGCCAAGAGCAACUGGGAGUCGCCAGUGGAAUCCAGCGUGGAUGGACUCGAGCAGGAGAUGACCCAGAUGAACCUGACGGAGCAGAACUGGACCCCGGGGCAGUCCCAGUUCAUCCCACCUCGGGAGAUGAGGGGUAUUCCCAACCAUAUGCACGUGGGAACUGGGCCACCACCACAGUUCAACCGGAUGGAGGAGAUGGCGGUGCCGGGGGGCCGUGUCAAGCGUUACUCCUCACAGCGCCAGAGACCCCCCGUGCCAGAGCCCGCGCCCCCCAUGCACAUCAGCAUCAUGGAAGGGCACUACUAUGACCCACUACAAUUCCAGGGACCAAUCUACACCCAUGGGGAGAACCCGGCCCCGCUGCCACCCCAAGGGAUGAUCGUGCAGCCGGAGAUGCACCUCCCUCAUCCAGGUUUACACCCCCACCAGACACCCCCCGCCAUGGCAAACCCCGGCCUGUACCCCCCGCCGGUGUCCAUGCCCCCGGGCCAGCCCCCGCCGCAGCAGCUGCUCACUCCGACCUACUUCUCCGCCCCUGGAGUGAUGAAUUUUGGGAAUCCUGGCUACCCCUAUCCCCCCGGAGCUCUGCCCCCUCCGCCUCCUCCGCAUCUCUAUCCCAACACACAGGUUGCUGCCGAGCAGCGAGGAGGCAGAUUGGAUCGUGUCCGUGAGGAGAGAGAUCAGAGCAGAUCCCUGAGGAGGCGGAUUGGAUCGGAUCCCUGUGAGGGUCAGACCAGAUCAGAUCCCUGCGCAGUCCCAGGUGUAUGGGGGGGUCACCUACUACAACACUGUCCAGCAGCAGGUGCAGCCCAAGCCUUCCCCACCCCGCCGGACGUCCCAGCCCGUGACCAUCAAACCACCCCCUCCGGAGGACAGCAAAGGUGAAAAAUCAAAGGAGAGGAGCAACACGUAGGGAUGUGGCCACGGGAAUCCCAGCACCAGACUCGGCACCUCGGCGAGGAGGAAGCUGCUCCUUGGGAUGGCUCCUUCCCUGCGCGGAGGUGAGGCAGCGGGAUGAGACACCUGCACCUGCUCAGGGCCAGGCACUUCCCCCGUGGUCUGAGCGGUGCCUUCCCGAAAUCCAUCCCACUGCUGCCCACCCCCCUCCUCCCCCGCGCUGGGGCCGCCGAAGAACCAGCCCCCGAGUCGGUCCUUGGCCACACGUUCUCCCAACUUCUCCCCGUUACUAAACGUUCCCCGCUCCCUCCCCGGAUGUCAAACUCCGCUGGCUUGAUCGUGGUCUGUUUUUAUUUAAGGAAUGAAGCAGCUCCUUCAUUAAAGCUGAUUUGUUUCUUUUGGGUA